GCGAGAACGCGUGAUGUGCGGGUUUAGCGCCGUUUGUUUGGUAAAUUUAGAAAAUGGAAAUGACGAAACCGACACCGGGUGUUUGCCUCGACCGAAUCAUCGGCCUGAAGAGCUCUCCCUCCAAUACCAAUCAAUACCGGUCUUCUGUGCUUUCUGACCUGUCCAGCUGAUGAUUGAUGGAGGAAAGCGAAGAAAACAAAAAACAAAAAAAAAAAAAAAAAAAGAUUUACGGGUACCCGAUCGACCAACGAGAUAGCAAAUGACACCUAAGGAACAAAUACCGAGGGGGCGUGAGGUGUCCAUCCAGGACCCGGGGGUUCUUCAUUGUCUGGAUGCAGACAAACCGGUCUUCACCAACCACAGCGGGAGAAAAGAAGAAAGAAAAAAAUUAGGCCAUGCAGGUUACAAGGCGGUGUGUGGCCAACCCACAUGUAUUUUAUUUUUUUUUUUUAUGGUUAAACAAGGGUCACACCUCCAGGGUGGCUUUUUCUUGCCCUCGCCCGAGUGUGAGAGAGACCGACCAUCAGGAUGCGCAUCAAGGAUACGCACAUAAUAAUAGUCGGGAUUCCUCCAGGGCCGUCUGUUCCGGUCAUGUCUCAAAUCGGGACGGCACAAUAAUGCAGGAUCAAUACGUCCGUCCAUACUCCAUACGCACAUACACACGGUACGACAUACCUUACCAGCGACAUGUUUUAGAUCAUCCGGACACUCGGGACUCCAAGGUGGGACAGACUAAACGACUCGUCGGAGUGGCAUCCUCGACCUCGCGAAGAAGAAAAUCAGGCGGGAUGGACCUGGGAGAGUCCAGAUGGGGAUUCGAGAUCGUGACGCGAUGGCGGUGCGCAUGUUUGAUGAUGACAGCUGAAUUGCCCCCCCUAGAGCAUCCAAGCUCUCGCCGUAGGGUUCGGGGCAUGAUUGGAUUCGUUGUUAUUGACGGGGUCUGUGAUAUUAUUGAAGAAUGACCCUGCCCCUGACAGUGAGCUCAGUUCAGCCACUGCGCAGGACGCCAAGCGGAAUCCUUGCGACUCCAGAAGGGCCGAGACGAGCGAGUCCGGAUGGACCA